GCUGUCAGAGUCCAAGCGUAAAGAGAGCGAUAACGGAUAAUUUUAACAUGAUGGGAAUUAACCGAAGACAGACGGAGCUCUGCAAUUAACAACACAAUGGUGGGGUAUCAGAGGAGUUUACCAUGCAGCGAACAACAAUCUGACUGUGGAAUAACACUUUCGAGAAAUUGAUGAAAAGUACAGUGGCAAAUACUUUUGAUUUGACCUUGGUCAACAGAAAUUGAAGAUAAAGAAUUCCAACAAGUUAUGCUCGGGUUUUAGAACAAGUAAUCUUCUCAGGACGUUCCCAGAGACCUCCACAUCAUUUCCUGAGCAAGAAUGAAAUUAAGAUGUGCCUUUUCAAGCAGACUGUGGAAGAAGCAUUUCAUUUAUUCUUUAUCGUUGCUGCUGGUGAUCUGUGCCUUGCUGCUGCUCUGCCUGAAGGUCACUGUUAAAUACAGCAUUACCAUUGAAACCUAUGGGACUACUGCAGGCCACCAUGACGUUGAGCUGCUCCACCGCUACAAUAUUGACUGCAAUGCCAUCUACGACAUGGAACCGGCCGAGUUGGGGAAGUCGCUGGUCAUCAGAAAACAGGCGGUGGUGGAGGAGCAGGACAAGAGCUUGGUCAACCUGACCUCUAACUGCCCGCGAUACCUCGACUCCCGGGGCUAUGGGGCUGUCCAGGUGUCUGAGGAGGAGCAGGCCUUCCCCCUGGCCUACUCACUGGUGGUCCACAAGUCUGCCUCCAUGGUGGAGAAGAUCCUCAGGGCCAUCUACACCCCUAACAACAUCUACUGUAUCCACUACGACCUGAAGUCAUCAGAACUGUUCAGAGAGUCCAUGGAGGGUUUGGCUCGCUGUCUGCCCAACGUCUUCAUCGCCUCUAAGCUGGAGGCAGUGAAGUAUGCCAGCAUCAGCCGCCUCAGUGCUGACCUCAACUGCCUGUCUGACCUCAUAGGGUCAGAGGUCAAGUGGAGGUAUGUCAUCAACCUGUGCGGUCAGGACUUUCCCCUGCGCUCCAACAUAGAGCUGGUGGCUGACCUGAAGAAGCUCCGGGGGGGUAACAUGGUGGAGACAAGUCGCCCCAGCGAAUACAAGAAGCAGCGUUUCUCCUUCCACCACGAGCUGCAGAACACAUCAUUCGAGUACCACCAACUGCCGGUAAAAACCAACAAGGCCAAGGGGCCUCCGCCGCACGGCAUCCAGAUGUUCAUCGGCAGCGCGUACUUCGUGCUCUCGCGGGAGUUCGUCACUUAUGUGAACACGUCUGCGCUGGCCAGGGACUUCCUAGUGUGGUCAAAAGACACCUACUCCCCAGACGAACACUUCUGGGCCACGCUGACACGGGUGCCGGGCGUGCCGGGCGAGUUGCCCCGGGCCCAGGCCGACGUCACAGACCUGAUGAGUAAGACCAGGCUGGUGAAGUGGAACUACCUGGAGGGACCGCUUUACCCAUCAUGCACAGGGAAACACGUCCGCAGUGUGUGUAUCUAUGGGGCGGGGGAGCUGCGCUGGCUCCUGAACUACGGCAGCUGGUUCGCCAAUAAGGUGGAUCCCAAAGUUGACCCGGUCCUUAUCCAGUGUCUUGAGGAUAAAUUACAGGAGAAACAGAGACUCUUGGUCAAGGCUAUGAAGUCACAGCAAAAUAUUCCCUCCUCUGGAAAAGCUUAAAUAAAUGGAUGAUUGGUUAUUAAUGGGUUUUUCUUUGAGUUGAUUAUGUCAGAAACUCAAUUAAGUGGAAUGUUGGAUGAGAUAGUGGAAUGCUGGAUGAGAUAGACUUGGGUAUCUAUGUUAGGGUUAUACUCUUGUUUUGCAACUUGAGACUUGAAGUGGGGAAUGUUUGUGAUAGUCUGACCUUUAUGUAAUAUGGAUUAGGGUAACCAGGGUAUAGCCUCGGCUCCUAGGGUGAAAGCAUGUGAAAACCAGGGUAUGAUGACUAUGUACACUGCAUUCAGAAAGUAUUCACAUCCCUUGACAUUUUCCAGAUUUUGUUGUGUUACAGCCUGAAUUUAAA